GGCCCAUAAGGUCUCACGGCCCACAAGUGCUAAAAGGAUACCAAAAUUUAGGCCAAAAAUGGCCCAAACCUGAGCCCGCCAACUUUAAAUUGCAUCAACUCAAUUGAACAAUCUGCAGUCACAGUCGGUCCGACGAAAUCCUCCCGGCGAUUUCCCCCGGCGAUACUCGCCGCCAACCUUGAUUUGAGGAAAACUCUGGUAGGGUGGCUGAUUCAUCAGUAGAUGUUGAGAAUCAUCUAUGAAGUAAAUACUAGAAACAUCAACAAGGAGCUGCGUCUUGGAUGAUGCUAUGGGACAAUUCCUCUGUAAACAUUGAGGGGAUAGAAAGGAAAAUUUUGGAACAAAUGAGCCCUUCGGAAAAAGAAAUUUGUAUAAAAUGUGGUAAAGGUGGGGAAGUGUUGGCUUGCACUGAUAGUUGUUGUCCUAUAGCAGUUCAUGUAAGAUGCAUGGGUUGUCCAGCUAGGUUUGAUGAUUUGGGAAAAUUCUAUUGCCCCUAUUGUCGAUAUAAGCAAUCAAUUGCAAUACUUCGUCAAGCAAAGGAGCAUGUUUUGUUAAAAAAACAAGCUCUGGAGACUUUCAUAGAUAAAGAAAUGAUAGACAACGUUAGAGGGGCUCCAGCAAUAGUAAGCGAAUCAACAUGUGAAAGGACUGAUGAGCCAUUACCAGAAAAGAAGAGUGAUGCUCCAGAAAGCAACUGUGAUCAACAAUUGGUAGUUGGGCAGCAAAUACAUUCAGUCCCAGAUGUUGAUUGUGGUAGUAAAUCUAGUGUUCAUACAUCUUCUAAAGCAACAGCAACCGAUUUUAGAGUCUUAGAAGCUGGAAACAGCAUUCAGGUAAAUGAUCGACGAGAAGUUGGUGAACUGCAACUAGAGAAAAGUAUGGAAGAUCAUAACCAAGAUGGCCGCUUAAGUAACUCAUCCGUUGCUGAAGAGGAAAUAUCGGGAAAUGAACUUGUUCUGGCAGAAACGAAAAGAAACUCUGCUGAAAGUGCAGGAGAACAGAUGAUAGGGGUUGAUCAAACUACUGCAACUGUCAUGAACACAGAUCCUUCGUUGCAGCAGCACUCGCGUGUUAAAAAAAGAGCUGAAACUGGGGAUUUAACAUGUAGAAAAUCUAAGCGUGUUUCAACACGACGUGAGUGUGGUAAACAGGUUAACAAAGUUAAAAAUGAUAUGCUCACUCCCUCUCCAAGAAGGUUAACUAGGACAUCAGCUUCUUUUCUUGAGAAUACUAAUGCAGAGGCCAAGUUAGAGCAAGUUGAACAGCCUUCCAUGUUACCAGUUAUCCUUCCAAAUGGGAAACGUAGAAGAGUAUUAUGGCGUCGCGAAGAGGAAGAGAUGAUUGAGGAAGGAGUUCAAAAAUUCUCAUCCACAGUAAACAAAAACAUCCCGUGGAGGAAAAUUCUAGAAUUUGGUCAUCAUGUGUUUGAUCACACUCGCACUCCAACUGAUCUCAAAGACAAAUGGAAACAAAUCUGCGCUAAAUAUGGCGGGCGAGUUUGACCCGGAGUUCUUCGCUGAACUUGUGAAAUUUCCGAAGUGUUCUUGGUAUUCUGUGAUAUCCAGAUGCAAAUGUCCGAUAAAUGCCUGUUUUUUUCCUUUGUGGAUAGCUUCUUCAUCGAGCAAGAUGGUCGGUUUUGAGGGGUAAAAAGUUGGAAUUAGUUGUAGCUUCUUAUUUUUGUUACUAUGAACAUAAAUGUGUCGAUGGGGUUUACCAAUGUCUCUUUUGGUUGAUAGUUGCAGGAAAAAUGUAAAUUUCCUUAUAAAAUCUUAGCUGCAUGUACACGAUACUUGUCGAAGAAAACAAGUAUAGUUGAUACAUGGAUAGUUUGAAAGGGAAAUAGUUCGUGUUUGGUUGUU